CUUCAAGCAAGAGCAAUGACGCGUGGUGUUUGUUAGCAUUUACUCAGACGUUUCCUUUCGACGAGGUUGGCAGAGAGAGAGAGACGGAGACGACGCUGCGACCGAAGCACCUGAAGAAAGCGGGUGAGAAGCUAGCAGGAUGGUGAUGAUGAGGAGGGGGAGGAGGGGGAGAGCAGGCAAGGGCAGAGCGGUUCUCGGUCAAGUGGUGGCAGUGCUCACGCUCUUGGCGUGCUUGAGCAUUGCACCAACUGCUUGUGUCCGUCCUGUGCCAAUUUUUGCUCAUGCUGAGGAACAGCACGUCGCCAUUCGAGACCCGCAGCCAGCGAAAGGAGUAGCCAAGCCUGUGCCGCACUAUGUGGUUGACCUGAGCAAGCCGCCAAGGGAGCGCUGGGGCCACAUCCUCAAGCCGUACACGGCCGGCAUCAAGUGGGUCAUCAACCAUGCGAAGAAGAAGGCCGGGCCAAAGCUCUUCGACAAGCUCAUUGCCGUCCUGGACAACCUGGACGCUGUGCUGAGCGAGCCAUUUGCAGAUGAGAUUCGCGGCGCCGCCGAGGAAAUUGGGAUAGACGUUGGCGAUCUCGUGCUCUCAAACCUUAUUUAUGAGACAAAUGCGUUCUGCACAUCCAUUGUCGCCCAGCAAGCGAACGGAACAAUCCUGCAUGGCCGCGACCUGGACACCCAACUCCCCGGCUUACAGGCCCUGGUCUUCGACGUCUCCUUCAAACAGGGCGAGCAAGGGCCAACCCUCUACCGGUUGGAGACCAACUACGACCACUGGAAGCCCGUUCCUGCGAGCGAUGACCGCCGCGAUCCCGCCAACAAACUCAUGCACGCAACAAACUCCUCCACCAUCACCCCAGAAGUCAUGUGGAGCGUCAUGAACAUGUUCCCAAACCUCAACUCCAACACGACCAUCACCGCCGUCAUGUCCGCAGGCACAGGGUUCUAUCGCGCAAUGACCCAGAACAACCCGCCCUUGGAAGGAGGCAGCACACCACAUUGA